UUCAGUAUUGGUGAAUUGAUGCCUUGGUGGAGCAAAGUAGAAUGGAGUAAAGUGAAGUGAUGAGACUAUCGUUAUUUGCUGUUGUUUGUUAAAAAUUAUCAUGCUUUCUCAUCAUAUAAGUAAACUUUUGCGUCGUUCGUAUUCACGUGCAAUCUCAAAUUACCGUGGCUUCGCCUCGACGAACGUUGAAACAGAUCCAACGGAAAGAGAUCCAACACCAUUCUUUUUUAAUAAAGAAAUUCAGGAAUGUCUGCAGACAUUAACGACACUGGAUUAUAAUAAGGUCUUUCGGACUCGCAAAGAUGGACACAAACUAGAACCACCGCAGUUUAAAUUCCUGACAGAUGAACAACUCGAGGAAGCUAGGAAAGCGGCGGAAUGUAGAGCGAAGGAAUAUUUGCAAAUGCCACCAGUAGUAAAACAAAGAUUGGAACCGUCUGAGCCGUUAUGUGAGGAUCCUGCGCUACAGAAUCAUGAUACUGCUAAAUACGUCUUUACUGAUGUCACAUACGGUCUUAAAGAUAAACAAAGAUCAAUAGUAGUUAGAGAACCGGAUGGUACAUUAAGACACGCUUCUUGGAAAGAACGAGAUAGAAUGAUACAAAUCUUUUUACCAAAACCAGAAAGGGAACUACAAAAACCAAAGAUGUUUGAAGGCGAAUACUUGAAGGAUUUGUUAAAUCGUAACGAGUACGAGUUCAUACUGGACCGCGCAUGCACGCAAUUUGAGCCGGACGAUCUGGAUUAUCAAGCAGUCACCCAAGAAGUCUACGAACACAUAAAUGCCGAGAAUCAUUUCGACGUCUUAAGAUCCACGCGUCACUUCGGGCCGAUGGUGUUUCAUCUAGUGUGGACGAGUAACAUCGACAAUCUAUUGUACGAAAUGAUCGAAACCAAUCGGAUCAAGGAUGCUGCGCUGCUGAUACGUCUAUACCAUAUGGUUCAUCCUACAACCAAGUCGGCAGUUGAGCAAUGCGAGCACACGGACGAUGUGGACUUCAUUAUGCAUUACGUGCACCUCGAAUCGCUAAAAAAGAAUAAGCUCCAAAAGCUCUUGCAAUCGUACAAAGAAUUGCAGCGGGAACGUGAAAUUGUGGCGGAAGGUAUUAAACAGGCCCAUGGCAUUUCUUCGGAAACGGAUAAAACAUUCGAAUAAAGCAUCAUCAAAUUAGCCAUAAAUUCAUAAACCAAGUUUCAUGAAACUUGAACAAGCAAUUUAUGAAGUAAAAAGGGAUAAGCCCAAAUGGGGUCGCCGAUCUACAAAGGAUUAAUAAGAAAAUACAGGUAAUUCAGAAUCGGAAUUCAUUUGUUCAUUUGUUCUGUCCAAUAAUUGUCAGUUCUGAUCUUCGUCAGGGAAGUGGAUUCUUCUUCGAGAGCAGUCCGCUGCUCCUCUUUUAUAGGACACCCUAUAGAAUAAGAGUGAGACUGUGCUGCAGUAUGUAAUGAUUUGCUUUAUUCGUUGUUCGUAAGGUUGAAUUAAUCGAUUGGAUAACAGACACACGGUGGUCGUCAGGGUAAUUCGAUGAUUAUUACUCGAUUAUUUUAUUACGUACGGUAGUACUUACAAACAUUUACAAAUGUAACAAGUCAAUUCGAUUUGGCGUACAGGAUUCGUCAGAAAACAUUACACUAAUGACCUUUCGCUAAUUCGCGUUUACGGAGAAGAAAACGGAGGAGGGGAGGAAAAAAACGCAAAAUCGGACAGCGCACAUCUGUCCUGCGAAACGCUUUGUCUUCGCUUCAAUUGGGAGGAGAAUGGAGAUGGGGAUCAGUACGGAUGAGAAUAGGGAGAUCGAUUGAUAUCUAGCGAUUAAAUGUAUCCGGUAACGAAUAUAACGGCUCUACCGAUACUCGGAGUAUCACCGCGAACGAAAAUGCACCGUUCAAAGUAGCUUUAUACAAACGCAACGUUACGGUUGUGGCGCCACGCUGUAAGUUACAAUCGUGAAACGAUAUCACAAACCUGAUCAUUUGCGUAAAAAAAAGGAAGAGAAUGAAACAUAAAAAAGAACGAGAUUUUCGCUUUUUUUUUUAAUUUCUCUUUUUUUCGCUUCUAUCUUCGUCCUCGCACUGGGGGACUGUCUCGCUUCGUUAUAAUACUUGAUAAGCACUCGCAAAUCGUAAUGUUCGUUUAUCAAUCAUUAUCAUUCGCCUUAUCUUUAAUAUACUCUUACUGCGUGUAGGUAAUUAUUAUUUCCCUAUAAAGACGUGCUCCGGAUUGCGUGUACAUGUGUGUUUUUGUGUGUGUAUGUGUUCGUAUAUGUGUGACAGUAAAAAAUAAAUAGGGUAUGCCUUUUCGCCGCGCGUUUCAACCCCCGGACGCGACCAAUCGUGUUACUCUGCUUUGCGAUAAGCAACUUUCUUCUCGACUGCGAGAUAAAUAUCAAUCGAUCACGACAAUGGAGGUCCACGUCGCUUAUUAUACUAAUAUUGCUACCAACAAAUCAUAAGAUUAACGAGCUUCCGAUCGCGAGAUGCGCUAAUACUAAUUUCCAUUCUCUUUUUUCAGCGAAUAGCAAAAGGCGCGAGCACGUAUACUAACUAUAUCGACGCAGUUAUCAGUUCGCGAUCUUGCUUAGAGACAACAUCGCAGCAUGCGCAUGAUCCACUCCUAAUGAUUCUAAUAUUCCUAAUAACAAUUUUUCAAUAAUUUCCUAAUUCUUAUGUUCAAUAAUUUCCUAAUUCUUAUUUAACUAUCAACUAGGUAACUUAACGAAAGGAAUCUACGAAUUAGAAAACAGUCAAAUAUAGAACACCGAUUCUCAUCAUUGAUUUUAUCAUUUGACAAUCGACAGAUUAGAAAAUUUUAUUCUACAAUUUUUCGAUAAUCGGCAACGUCUUAUUCGCUUUGAAGAAGAUACGAUUCGCUAAGGAAUCCAAUAAAAUGCGCGAUCUCUAGGCGAUCUGGAUCAAAGAAAAUCGUCCGUCUGCCGAAGUAAAGUCCGCAAACGCAUCCGAGGGUUGAUACGAAAGCCUCGUCGAAUCGGUCCACGGAUGCAGACCGGGUUAACGUAAGGUAUGGAAGCGUACAAAA